UUUUCUUACAAAUGGCGUAUUGUUGAUGAUAAAGCGAAAAUUUUGAGGUUGUGUAUAUUUUGAUCAACCGUUUCUCUGAUAGAUUGUACGGAAAUGUCGUCGAGAUACGAUAGAGCUAUUACAGUAUUUUCUCCAGACGGGCAUUUAUUACAAGUAGAAUAUGCCCAAGAAGCCGUUCGAAAGGGUUCCACAGCGGUCGGUGUAAGAGGAGCCAAAGCUGUCGUGCUAGGGGUAGAGAAAAAAUCUGUAGCGAAACUGCAAGAAGAAAGGACAGUUAGAAAAAUAUGCAUUCUAGACGAUCACGUCGUUAUGGCCUUUGCUGGAUUAACAGCCGACGCUAGAAUAUUAAUAAAUCGAGCACAGAUCGAAUGUCAAAGUCACAAAUUAACGGUCGAAGAUCCUGUUACUCUAGAGUACAUAACUAGAUACAUAGCUUCGCUAAAACAAAAGUAUACUCAAAGCAAUGGAAGAAGACCCUUCGGUAUUUCUUGCCUUAUCGGUGGAUUCGAUUACGAUGGAAAGCCACAUCUUUAUCAAACUGAACCGUCUGGAAUUUACUACGAGUGGAAAGCAAAUGCAACAGGUCGUUCUGCAAAGACUGUUAGAGAAUUCCUCGAAAAGUUCUAUACACCAGAAGAAGUGGAAACUGAGAAAGGUACGGUAAAACUAGCCAUCAGAGCUCUGCUGGAAGUCGUACAAUCCGGGCAAAAGAAUCUGGAAAUCGCGGUCAUGAGACACGGGGAGCCCGUGGAGAUGUUAGACGGAGAUACCAUCGAGAAAUACGUUACGGAAAUCGAAAAGGAGAAGGAAGAGGAGGCCGAGAAGAAGAAGGCCAAAAAGUGAACGAGUCGUUAGAAUUUAGUGUAUUCACUUGAUAAGGUUAAUUUCGAAAAAAACAUAAACAAUUUUUUUAAAAAUAUAAUAACUCUGUAACUGUUUGUUUCAUUUUUGUAUAACCUGUUUCUAGGUUGGUAUACAGUACAUUUCUAA